AUGGGCGAGCAAAGUAAAGAAGGCGAGGCUGACGAGCCAGCCUCCUUUGAUCCGUUCGUGCGUUCUGAGGUUGAAUAUGAUUCUACCACACGUCUUCAUAUGGCCGAGGACGUGGCCUCUACUAGAAGGUUGUUCGUUUCACCUGCGCUGAAAGACAUAAUCGUGAAUCCCGAAAACUUCUACCACGGCUGUCAACAGUCUGCAAAAAUGGCAGAAGACGCUAAUCAACGACGUCAAGUUUCGUUCAAUACAAAGCGUGAAGCAUUUAUUCAUCAACUCAGAGCUAACGGACUUCCUCUACCGUCGAAAAUUCCAAUGAUUAACCCCACUAGAGUAACCCUCAGCCUGGAGUUCGAGGCCCAGUAUUAUUCCUUAAUGACAAAUGAUUAUGGAAAUCACGAAAACGUUGCUUCGAUCAUGCAGCAAACUAACACUCUGAUUCAAUUUCCUGAUCGCUCUGAAUCAUCUCAUGAUCCCUUCGUCCAGCAAAUAACAAUCACCGGGCAUUACAGUGAUGUGGAUAAAGCUCGAAAGUUGAUGAGAGAUAAUUGUCAUGUGUCCAUAAUCAUGUCACUGCAAGAUCUAAAAGUAUCUCAGUCCGAACUCCAGGCUUUCGCUGAACAAAAUCCCAUUCAAAAUGUGGAUAUGUUCUUCCUUACUUCCUCAUCAGAAAAGAAUGGCGAAGCAUUGCCUCACCUCCGUUUCACCAGCCGUACGAAAAACGAGCAUGAACUGAUCCAAGCAGCAAAUAUGAUCCUUAAGAAGGCCUACGGGAAUGAGCUGCAACGGAAACAUAUCUUCUCACUGCACUUCACUUUGUCCACUUUCCAUGUUGAACAUGUCGUCGGGACACCGGGAACUGCUCUUCUCAUGCCAUUAAUCGAGCAACGCACAAAUGUAAGAAUCAGUUACCCCGGUUACAACACGAAAGAGGACAUUCGAGGAAAUUUGUUCACCAUAACGAUCAAUGGAACUGUGGAGAACGUUUUGGAAGCAAGAAAGUAUCUGAUGGAUCUGCUGCCUGUUUCGAUUUGUUUCAACAUGGCAAACACUGAUAUGGCUGCCCAAAGUGAGCUUGCAGAUCGAUGUAUUCAUGUGUUGAUUGAGGAAAGUAGAAUAAUGUUCAAAAUGACUCCAUCAGUUUAUGAGCCUAGUGAACUAUUGUCAGACGAAGUACCUUUACAUUGGGCCAGCCUUCGUUCGAAAGAGUUCAACAUCAAACACAUGUAUACAGCCUAUCAGAAAGUUCUCGCUAAAAAAAUCGAAGUCGUAGCUCCUCAACCAACAGAUUACGAUAAGUCUAUUUGGCAUCGAUGUCUCCCACAAGGAUUCCUUUUUUUCCUUCUGCUCUGCCGUGGGGAGUCAUCAGAUUCUUCUGCCAGCCAUCGUCGUCACAGAAGUACUUCCGUAACUUCCUCUCAGUCGAAACAAGGGUUCCCGAAGGGGAAAUCAAGCAGUGAUGUUCCCAUCGUUCCAACAAGAUCUCAGCCAAGAGUGUCGUCGGUUUCAGAAUGCAUCACUCAACCUUAUCACCCCAUGCAGAUGUUUACGGAUCCUAUUACUCAUUCCCAAUUGACCCAAAUGAUCAUGAUGCAACAACAACAGGCUCAUGCUCUCAUGAAAGGUUCACCCUUGCUUCAACCCGUACCCUUCGCCUACCCGAUUGUAUUUGAUCAAGGAACCGGUGCACCAAUAUGCUUUCCGUAUCAUCCGAUUGAUCCCAACUUUUUCCAAUAUCCGGGCAUUCCUAUCAGCGAAGUUGAUCGCUCCACAAAUCGACAGGAAACCUCUACCUCAGGACACCAAACAAAUUCUAAUAGAAAACCAACGAGGAUGAUGAAUCGCCCCUCUUCUGGCGGUUCCCAUCACUACUCUUCAUCAACUCAUCGUCCGAGACGGGGUUAUGAGCAAAUCCGGGAUGACGAUGCCCGCAGUUCAACACGAUCUGGUUCAAGACGAACAUCAACAAGUGGUGACGAACCAACUGUUGGAAGCUAUGAAGACCGCGGAUUCGAUCGUCAAUUUUCACGGCACAAUCAGAGAUACUCGAAAGACGAUAAUAUGCGUUGGAAGACGGGAAGCCGUGGGGAUAUUAAUGCCCGGCGAAAUCAAAAUUUCCAAAAAGAUUUCCGUCCCGCUAGCACUUCUCGUGACUAUGAUUUUCAUGUCGGAUCGGCUGGUUCUACUGAUCGUCCUGCAUCAACAGAUCAGCUACAAUUCCAAUCAACACACCAUCUCAAGUUGAAGCCUAACGAGGUUGAUUUGGAUCAAGAACGUCUUUUCACACAUGACUCACCUCAAGUCGACGAGCGAGCAUACCCACAGAGUGGUUUCGGAAGCGGGUUGGUCGAUGGUGACUUCGUUCAAAAGUUUAUUUCCAAUGUCAAUGUAAAUGACCCGAAAAAACGAUCGAGAGCAGUGAGUUGUUUUAUCGAAAGGGACGAUCAAAUUGCUCGGCUGACAGAUUCCGAUUGUGCCUAUAGUGUCACCGAUCAAACCAUCACUCAGCCAUCCCGUUCCAUUGAUAGCUUCAAGAAAUUACCCGGAGCAGGAGUGACUAAAACAAUGUUGGAACCACGGUCUCGAAACGAAAAGGAGUACGCCAAAAUCAAUCUUGAGCACAAAGACAAAUUCACAGGAGAGCCGAUAGAUGAAGACAAAUAUACUGACAUGGGUCCGUCUUUCGGCUCCAGACAAUACAGAAUCGAUCCAAUGAAACUGAUAGCAAGUGUUCGCGAAUCUAGCGAGCAAUUACCACGUAUUCACGAGCGGCAAUUUAAUGACGUUCUGAAUGACAAAGAAAGAGAACUGGCUGCAUCUGCUUUCAAAGAAAGAAACAUGGAAACCAACUUGGUGCAGGAACGAUCUCUUGACGAUACUUCCCCAUUGGAUUAUGCUUUCCGUAACGAUCAGUCUACUGACAAUAUUCGAUAA